UGUGUGUGUAUGUGUGUGUGUGUGUGUGUGUGUGUGUGUGUGUGUGUGUGUGUGUUUCCGUGCACAGUGCAGGCAGAGCGGAGGCAUGACGGAUCCUGCAGGUCGUGCACAACUUGUGGAGCAGCUCGGCGGCGGUGGAGACGUCAGCGGGGUUUGGUGUUGAAGCGGCGGCGGCGCGACACUGCAGAGGCUCCUGCAUGUGACAUGUGGAUGACAGCAGGCUGCACGGAGCCACAGUGAGAGAGCGUGCACGGACACGUCAGAUCGGGGAGGGCAAAGCCUGCUUAAGAUGCAGUGAAUGUGACAGCCAGCCGAGAGUCCAGACUACAGCAGCGCGUGGACGGGAGAGGUGAGCGUGCUGGUGGGGGCACAACGAUGCCAGCGGAUCCAGCUCACCCGCAGACGUGACGCCGACACAGCCGCGACACAGAGACGCACACCGGAGACGCUCAGCUGGUUUCCAAAUACGCGCGGGGGAGUCGGAGGGGGAACAGAGCGGACUGAGGUGCGGGAAGCGUCGCCCUUGUCUGGGGGGGAAAGAUGACAGUGGUGCCCGGAGAGAACCUGGAUGAGACUGUGGCACUGGCCGCGCUGUCAGCCCAGGAUGUGUACGACCCGGAGCGAGUGGAGAACCAGGAGUGCUGCGAGCGGGUCGUCAUCAACAUCUCCGGGCUGCGCUUCGAGACGCAGCUGAAGACGCUCGCCCAGUUCCCCUCCACGCUGCUGGGGGACCCGCGCAAGAGGAUGCGCUUCUUCGACCCGCUGAGGAACGAGUACUUCUUCGACAGGAACAGACCCAGCUUCGAUGCCAUCCUCUACUACUACCAGUCCGGGGGGCGGCUCCGGAGACCCGUCAACGUGCCGGUGGACAUUUUCAUGGAGGAGAUUAAAUUUUACGAACUGGGGGAGGAGGUGAUCGAGAAUUUCAAGGAGGACGAGGGGUUCAUUAAGGAGGAGGAGCGGCCGCUGCCGGAGAACGAGUUCCAGCGGCAGGUCUGGCUCCUGUUCGAGUACCCGGAGAGCUCCGGACCCGCCAGGGGGAUCGCCAUCGUGUCCGUGCUGGUGAUCCUCAUCUCCAUCGUGAUUUUCUGCCUGGAGACUUUACCUGAGUUCAGAGAGGAGGGCAGGACGUUUGACGAGCAGCAGCCGGGGAACGGAACCGCGCGCGCAAAGAAGCCAAACCCGUUCACGGACCCGUUCUUCAUCGUGGAGACGCUCUGCAUCAUCUGGUUCUCCUUCGAGCUGCUCGUCAGGUUCCUCGCCUGCCCGAGCAAACCCGCGUUCUUCAAGAACAUCAUGAACACCAUCGACAUCGUGGCCAUCAUGCCCUACUUCAUCACGCUGGGUCUGGAGCUGGCGGAGCACCAGGGGAACGGACAGCAGGCCAUGUCUCUGGCCAUACUCAGGGUCAUCCGCCUGGUCCGGGUCUUCCGGAUCUUCAAGCUCUCCAGGCACUCCAAGGGGCUGCAGAUCCUCGGGAAGACCCUGCAGGCCAGCAUGAGGGAGCUGGGACUGCUCAUCUUCUUCCUCUUCAUCGGAGUCAUCCUCUUCUCCAGCGCCGUGUACUUCGCGGAGACGGACGACCCGGAGUCGGGCUUCAGCAGCAUCCCGGACGCCUUCUGGUGGGCCGUGGUGUCGAUGACCACGGUGGGCUACGGCGACAUGUGUCCGGUCACCAUCGGGGGGAAGAUCGUGGGCUCCCUGUGCGCCAUCGCCGGCGUGUUGACCAUCGCGCUGCCGGUUCCGGUCAUCGUGUCCAACUUCAACUACUUCUACCACCGGGAGACGGAGCACGAGGAGCAGUUCCAGUACACGCACGUGACCUGCGGCCAGCAGCAGUUCGGAGAGUUCAAGAAGAGCGACAGCAGACCGUCUCUGUCCAAGUCCGACUACCUGGACAGCGAGGACGCGGACUCCAUCAAGUACACCAACUGCAGCCCGCACAAAGCCUACACCGGGAAGCUCAGUGACGUCUGACCCGGAGACCAGCGACGCACCGGGGGCGCGCGGAGCGAAGCUCCCGCCACACCUGGAUUAUAAGAAUCACUUUAUCUUCCAUUACGCGCCAGAGCCGGAGGAGCUCCAUGUAGCAGCUGCAGCUGUAGCACUUUAUCACGAGUACAGUAACGAUCAUAGUGUAGGUGGUGUUUGUUUGUUUGUUGUUGUUGUUGUUUGUGAUUCUCAGUAAUUUAUUGUCACAAGAUGCAGGUUUAAAGUUUACAUCCGCUCCUCACACACACACACACACACACACACACACACACACACACACACACACACACACACACACACAGGACCAAUGGCAUCUAACUUUACACAGUGAUGCAGGAGGCACGUGGCUGCUCUUAUUAUGAUCCACACACACACACACACACACACACACACACACACACACACACACACACAGCUCUGUGGAUCAGCUGAUGGAAUCAAUCAUCCUCUAAUUAAAAACUCUUGGAGUCCAGAUUUGAUUUUCACUUCCGGUCCGGACCGAAGGCCACGUGCACCCUGUUGUUAAACACCAGGAGGUUAAACUGUCGUUAUGAAAUCAGCUGUUUCCACCGGACCGACAGCGGCACCGCGCGGCCGACCCGCGGCCCUGCAGCUCCUGCAGCGGAGGCAGUUUCUAUAGCAACCUUCCAGACUUUUCCUUUUGUCUGCCACCGGGAUGAGAGGAUGCUGAGGCCACCUCUCCACCAUGUUGUGCGGUGGGAAGCCUCCAUUUCAGCAGCCGAGCCCGUUUCAGUUGAUCGGAGGAGCAGAACCACACGAGCCGGACCUGCAGCCGGGUCGCUCGGUCACCUGCUCACUCAGAUCACAGAGGAAAACCUGAGGGUGUGAAACUGUCGUUCAUCCGGAAGAAAAACACAAAGCGGCAAAAGAAACAUUCACAUUGGAUAGUUUGUACAAAACAACAAGAAUAUUCUGGAUGUUUAGAGCUCGACUGAUGGUUCUGACCCAGAUCUCAGCUGGAUCUCAUUCAUUUAAAUGUUCUGAUGAUCGAAUCAUGGUCACAUUCUUUGUGAGUCACAUUUCAGUUGUUCCAAACUUCUUCUUCUGAAUCAUCAGCUGUAAAAUAUCACUGAUAGAAAUAUUUAUAUUGGCAAUAAUCAAUAUACUGACCAAAUGUUGUGAGGCAGAAUUAUGAAUUAAUCAUGAAAUGUCACUGAAACUGUAAAAAAAAAAAGAAAAAAAAAAGAAGAAAAAAAUCAAAAAUGUAAAUCAAUCAAUCAAUCAAUCAAUCAAUCAAUCAAUCAAUCAAUCAAUCAAUGUUUCCGAUCAGGAUGUUUGAUCCUCCAGCUACGGCAGCAGAAAAGCGCCAAAAUCUAAAUCUUUAAAAAAUUAAAUUCUGAUCAAACGUCACAGUUUUAUUCUGAAUUCAGUCUCUUAAAUGUUGAAAUAUCAAACGUUUAAAAAUCAUCUGAAUCACACGAUCAAUAAAGCAGAUUAAUGAUCUGAAGUCACAACUCAGAUUUAAUCGUCUACUUUACCCGGCAACUAUGAUGUCAUCACUGUCCAGACGUUUGUUUUUAAAGUCUCGUUUUAAAGUUUACAGCGUUGAUUCUGCAGAUGAUACUGAAGUAACGUUGUAGUUUAUAUAUCCGUAUGAAUUAUAUUACAGUGACGCCUCUCAGACUUAUCGAGGAUGAUCAAUACAUGUGAUCAUGAGAUGUGACUGAGACGAGAGGGAACUUUAAAUCUUAUAUUUCAAACCAAAAUGGAGGAAAAAAUCCACCACAGACUUUAACUAUCGAAGAAUCAAAAAAAGUGAAAUUGACCUUUUUUCUUCUGAUAAUCGCUGGAGGCUGAGAGGAAUUUAUUGAUCAGGUGAAGUUCUGUGAGUCACAUGAUCCAAAAAAGAAAAUUAAAAAUAUCAGAACCACAAGAACUCAAAUCAUUUCAACGUGAGAUUUAAUCGUAAAAAUAUAUUUUGGCACAUUUCUGCUUCCGUACCGAUCAGUCGAGCUCUAAUGAGACGAUGACUUCAACAUGAGACAACAGCAGAUUAAUCUGGACCAAUCGAUCGAUCGAUCGAUCGAUCGAUCGGUCCUUGUCAGAUGGGGAGCUCUGUGACGCCACCUGCUGACCUGAAGCUCCUCCCUCAUCUGGACUCAUCUGGACUGAAGAAACGUGGAUUUCUAACAAACUGAGGGAAUAAAACCGGACGUUGGUUACCUGAAGGUCACCUGAAGGUCACCUGAAGGUCACCCGAAGGUCACCUGAAGGUCACCUGUUGGAUUAUUAUCUCGGACCUGACGGAGCUGAACUGCUGAGUCAUCGACCCAGAAGGACGACCGACAGCCGGACACACAGGGUCGAGCUCCUCCACCUCGCUUCCUCCUCGCUGCACCUCGUCAAACCAAAAGAGUACGACGUCCCUGCUUCCCCCGCUCCUCCUCCUCCUCCUCCUCCUCCUCCUCCUCCUCCUCCUCAUCCUCCUCCUCCUCUUCUUCCUCCUCCGAUGAAGGUGAAACAAACUCUGGACACUCAUAGGAAACACGGAGCUAUGAGACGCCUUUCCAUUACACGAGGACAUCCUGACUGAUUGUGUUGCAGCGGGACUCUGAGGUACGACAAACGCUACUUGAAUGAUCCUCUUCGUGUGUCGUGAGUCCAGCCUGUAGCCGCCGGUGGAUGUUUGUUGGGGAGCUGCAGAGAAACAGAACCUGAACGUCCCGUCUGUACGUUGCAUAUCAUAUUCAAACCAAAACAUAUUAUUGCAUGCCUGGAACGUAGAGCAUGUGAACAGAAGACGGCUCGACCCGGCACGCUGAUCUGCACCGAGGGAACAACAUCGCUCAUCGAUAUCACGUUAAUUACAACGAUUCUGUUCGACUGGUGGAAUAAGUUGCUAAAUCUAUAUUUUUUAAAGUAUCAUACUGUAUAUGUUUUGUAUGGAGAGGGAUCGGUGAAUUAUUUUGUAGAUUUUUAACAUUUUUGCUAAUGUGUUGUAAUUAUUUGUUUUCCUUUUGUUUUUUGUUUUUUUCAUUUUUUCAUUUUUUUGCCUUUGUAAAAACAAAGCAGCUCCGGCGUGCAGCUGGAGGAAACAUGUCCGCCUGCCGAGAAACACUUUACAGAAGAGAACGAAACUCCUGAGAAACGAACGAGUGCAAACAGCAGCAGAGAGUCGGCUGGAAGUCAUUCAUCGCUGACGUGUGACAUCUGAGUUUUCUUCGAAUGAUUUUGAAUGUUUCUGAUUGUGUUUUGGGUUUUUUGAUCACAAUGCUGUAUAUCUGUUAUAUUGAGAACAUCUACCUCAGUGUCCGCUCAUUGACGACAGAAGCUUUAACACCUGAAUGACGCCGGUGAGGCUCCAUCAUCUGAACGCUGUCAUCAGACCUGGGUUGAGUUUUUUUAAUGCCUCUCUAAUUAUCUGGUGCGAUUACAGAAACCCAAACGCUCUAUAAACUGCCAUUUAAUAACUCGGAGAAGUCAGAAAAUAAAGCAAAACAUCCGAGGAGAAAUGUAAAGCGUGUUAACGAGGGAGGAAUAUAUAUAUGAAGCCAAUAUCGGCCUUUUCAUUAAAUAUCAGAUGUCAUCCAGCCGGACGGCAGCGGAGCAGCUCAGAGCCUGACAUCACCACUUUCUUUGCACAUUUUAAUUUAUUUGUGAAAUUGUUCAGACGUUUGUGUGACUGUGUUUGAUUAAAUGUUGAUUUAAGGGCAAUAAUGUUGUGCAGAAGGUUCCUGCUAGAGAAGAAAUGCAGCUGGUCUUAAAAACUGUUCAACCUGAAAUGUUUGUUAGUUUGAAGUUUUAAUGGAAAAAUAUUUUUUAUGUUUUUUACGAGGUUUUUCAUACAAAAUAAUAAUCUGGUCCCUGAAAAUGUCAGGUGCAAAAAUGUGUUGAAGUUAUUGGAAGAAUCUGUAAAUCUGAGACCUCAGAUGAGAAGAUGGAGAUCAGUUAAUCCUCCGUGCAGGUUUAGAUGUGUUGAGCCUAGCUUAGCACAAAGACUGAGCGCAGAGGGAAACUGCUAGCCUAAAAUACAGGUAUCAUUGAUUAAAAGCUGCCUGCUGGACGUGGUUUUAGGAGCCGUUAGUGGCGGAGCUACGUGCUAAGUGUCAUGAGAGUUUGGGUCGGGACGUUUCUCGUCUAGCUCAGAACAAAAACCAGAAGGAGGAGAACCCAGAGAGGUGAAGUCUGUAGUCCGAAACCCAGAAAUCAGUUAGCAUGUUAGCAUUUUAGCACACCUGCUACCCCUUGUCUCAAAGUCUGCGAGUUUGUUGAAUGUGUUACUCGAUUACUCAGCACGUCGUAUGAUAAUUAACACAAAUGCUUCACGGGAAAAUGAUGAAGUUAUGACGCUUCAUAUCCAAAAGGUCAAAGGUCGGCUUCACUGUGACAUCAUGAUAUUCAGCUCAGGAACAUGUCCGGUGUGUGCAGCAGUCUUUUCCUUUUGUUUUCCUGGUGGCAGAGCUAAGCUAGCAGCUUUCCCGCGGAUGCUAAACUCAUCCUCCUCUCAUCCGACACCCGUGGAGAUCGCAGAAACAUAUUUUAUAAUCACAAAACGUGACUGCGUCUGUGAGCACUCGUCCGCUAGCAUCGACUCUGCAGCUCCGUCUCAUCGUGAUUCUGCUCGGCUCGGACAUAAAAACAGCCGAGGGUGAUUUCUGUGUGACAGAGGCGCUGAUGAGCUGUGACUCCACAUUAGCUGUGGUGAUUAAUGUGUUCUGUAUUCUGCAUGUGCAACAAUAAUGACAUAAUAUUUCCCCAGUGAGUGCAGCGCCGUCCUCCAUCACCAAACCUGUGACUUACAGUCAGCCUGCUCAGAUUUAGCUGUUGUUGCGUCUCCGACAUCUUCACGCUUCACCGUCAUCAGAGUUCGCUUCAGUCUCGUCACCAAACUGUUUCAUUUCAUGCAAAAAUCAGAGCGAGCAAUAGAGUGAGUGAUUAAUGAGCUCUGGGAAAAUCAGUGUGGAAGAAAAAAUGCAAUUUGAUUUCUUUUCAUUUCUGUUUUUUCUUUUUUUAUUUCCAGUUAUUGUUGCCAUUGUUCAUUUUGACAAUCUUCAAUUGUGAUCUAUUUUUGAUAAAAUAAAUCUUUAAUCAUGUUCCGUUUGGAUCACCAUGUGUCUCACAUGAACACACAUGCAGAUGUGUCAUUUCUGUUUUCUUGUUGGGUUUUUUUCCACGAGAGGCCGACGAUUCGAACGUGUGCUGGUGCUUUGUGUAGCUGGGAUUAAAAACACCAUCACGUCUCUGUUACCUUCAUCACUGUGAGUCCUCUGUGGAUCGGCCUGUUGGGAGGAAGGGGCAGAUCUUUAAAGUCCAACUCAAGUUAAACUGUUUUUCACUUUGCCGUUCACACCAGCUCCUGCACUCGUUCCCUCCUCCUGGUGUAACGCCGUCGCUCCUUGUGGUGGAACGUCGCCACUGUUGAUUCGUAAGAUGUAAAACCGGCAGGUUGUUGUUCCAGCCAGUGGUGACAAAAAGGAGCAUUUCUUAUAUUCCCAAAGACUUAUUUUCCUUUCCUAACGACACCUUUUAAUGACACUUUGACAUCUUGGACUGAAAGAUGGAUCCCUAAAUGCAGUUCCAGUAGGAAAGUUCAGUUUAUGAACAGGCAGCAGACUCCCUCCAUCUGCACAUCUCCUGCUCAUAUUGUGAUGAAACAUUUCUCUCAUCACCUUCUUCCAUUUCCAUAAUAUAGACUUUGUAGGUGUUUGUCCUGUCAUCACCUUCGACUACAGUUUGUAACCAUAACAACAAAGUCCCCCAGAGAUGUGACAUCAUCAGUAGGAGCCAAUCGAAGGAAAGAUAACUAAGUCAGAUAGAAAGACUGAUGUAUGCUGAAGGUAACAGGCAGCAUCGUCUGAAGAAAAGACGGAAAACACAUGAUGCUUAUUAGAAUAUCGUCAUGAAAAAAUAUGAAAGUAGGUUAAAGAAAUGUUCUGCAGCCAGAAACAGUUUGGGGUAAAAUACUUAAUACUUAAUAUAAACUGCAAAUCCACAUUAAAAUAAAGAAUUAGUAACCAGAGAAGUAAAAUACAAACAGAAAUAAAGGGUGAGGUCACCAGAAGUACAAACGACAGGUCUUUAAAAAAAAACAAACAAACUGUUCUUUAACAUGCAAAUCAUAACAACAUUAAUAUCUGCAGGGUUCGGAAAAGAAAUGACAGAAAAAAAACAAAAACAUGCAGUAACCGUUAUUAACAGUUAUUCAUCAAUAAGCAAUAAUGCAUGAAGAGUACAAUAUCAUCAGUGUAGAUGAGUUGUCUGGUUGUUCAUGUCUGUGCAUAAAGAGUUAAUAGUGCCUUAAUCAUAACCUGAUUUAAGUUAUAAUGCGGUCAGAUGCAUCUGAAGUACCAUAGAAGAAGAAAGUGUGUAUCUAUAUUAGCACUGUAGGGAUGCAAUCGACUGGUUGUGUGUAGAAAUAAUGUAUUGUAAAUUAAUGUAUUGAAUGUAAAGUAAGUAGUCUUCCUGGUUGGUGUUGUGAGAGGAAAAUAAUAUGAAAGUAAAAAUAAAUCUCUUUCUAUGGAAGCUCAAAGUGGACGAGACUACAUGUUUUAUUUAGGCUGUUUGUCUUGUACAAGAAUUAUUUUGUUUUCCCGUGUGAGUUACCAUUGUUUUCCCGGCCACACGAGAGUUAAUUUAAAUAAUAAAAUACAUAAUCUAUAAUCUCUUUCAAUACGUCAAUACGUUCUGAUAAGUGAGGGGUUUUCUUGUUAUUUUGGACGACAAAAACAAAAUGUGGUGUUCUGAAAAAACAUCUAUAAUAUUCACAUUCGUGUCCACUUUCAGUUUCCCUCAAUGAAUUUUGUGUCCCAGAUUAAAAACAUUCCUUUUCUGUCUUCUCUGGCAGCUCGUGAGCGUAAAACUGUCGUCUGAGAUAUUUUAGAAUGGUUUCAGUUCGGGUGUGAAAUAGUGAACAUUGAUGUUAUUGAGACUAAGUGAAAAGUUAAUCGAGAUGAAAGUGAAACAAACGUUUUUUCUUCAUCUACACUGAAAUCAGGUCAUAUGAAAGUGAAAUUUACUGUAAACUCUUUUAAAAGUAGUAGGAAAUUUACUUUUUCCUAAAUUACGACAAACUUUUCCUUUUGAAGCCAUUGAAAUCACAAAUAUCCAGCAACUUGUAAUGUUAUAUUUUGUGUUUAACAAACCGACUGAUGUUUAAAAGGUGCAAUAUGUAAGAAUUUUAGCUCAAAACUUUCAAAAGUUACCAAAAACUAUCGACUGAAUGUGACGAAUCGAAGACGUCUAAGUUUUGUGUUGCAGUUAGCUAAAGAGGUUAGCAUGCUAACCAGCAAGCCGCAGCCUUAUAAUACCACUCUGAGCUCUCAGUCUGGACCGCUAGCUGCACAGCUAACUGAGCUAACUAAUAACAGGUAAAUGCAAUUAGCAGUUUGAAAUGCGGCACCCUAUUUGUGUUCAGUAGGACUUCAACAAGUAGCCAAUUCUUACAUACUGCAUCUUUAACUGAAAAUGUGUUUUUUAAAAUCUCAACACACUUUGUCAGAACAACGUUUCUUCAUAACGCUGGUCUGAAAAAGAGCUGAUGCUGUUUCAUGAGAUGAAAACAAAUGUAAAACUUUGUGAUGUGAUCAAGAUCGUGAUUGUAAAUUCAGACUUCAUAGAAAAUAUAUAGAAAAAAAAAACAAUUUCAAUUGAGCUUAUCUGGUGCAUCAUUCAUGAGAAAUUACCAGCCGACCGAAUAUUGUCCAUAAAAACUGAAGCAUUGUUUGAAUUAUCUGAAGUGUUUGUGUUAACUUACAUUGAUUGUCAAUCAAAGCAUGUUAAUGAUAUUGAUAGAUUCUCAUCAGAAGAGAUCAGAAAUGGUGUCUUCAAAUUAGAAAUGUGGUUUGAUUUUCACACGUACGUCAGGUUAAAUCCAACAUCUGUUUUAUUUUUUAUGCAAUGCUGUAAAAAAAUUAGAGGAGUGAAACAAGACUGAGAGAGAGAGAGAGACUGCAUAACAUAGUAAAAAAUAACUGUAACUGUCAUAGAUACUUACCGGCAUGAGUGUAACAACUGCAGUUUGUCUCCGUGUACCUGAGCUCGGUCCUGUGUUCAUCCACUCACCUGUGUGUUUGUGUUUCCUGCUAACAGCUGAAACUACAGUGACAAAACUCUGUCUGCAGAACCUCAACGUGUGUCUUCAGUGUUUGAAAUCUCAAUUGUGUUUCGCUGUAUGACGACAGGUAUAAAGUUACAUAGCAGAAAAAAAGAGAACAAGUCCCUCAUGAUGUAAUAAUAUAUGUCAGGCUUGGGAUCGUUCAUAUUCCUGUAUAUGCACAACAGAGUCAUUCUGAAUAAUAGUUGUGACUACGUUUAAUGUGGCCUUUUCUUUCUCUUUAAUGUACUGCAAUGUUGUAAAUGAUUUGUAUAAUAUAAUAUAAUGUAUAUUAAAGUUAACAAGGCUUUAUGUUUCUACCACCUAUGUUUAAUAAAUAAAUGAA